AUGCUUCCCAUCACUGCCCUGGCCGCUCUGGCCCUCCUGCCUGCCAUACAAGCAGCCCCAGCGACCUCAACCUCCCCACAAAGCGUCUACAAACGCUGCGGCCCCGUCUCACAAUACUACAACCAAAAAGCCUCCGACUGGGACACCUACAAAACAGGCGACUGGCUAAACAACUGGUGGAACCACAACACCGACCUAAUCAACAAGAACACAGCCGGCUUCGCCGGGGCCUUCGGCCAAUGGGCCAUCGGUAAUCCGGACUGGACCUGUCGAGACGACGGGUCCAGUUCAGACUGUGAUCUGAAUCUGUGCGAUAACCGCGUCUUGAAUGAUCGUGGCAAUGAUAUCCGGCCGAGCUACUAUGUGCUUGAGUCUGUUAAUCGGUUGCACUCGUAUUUCACUGGUGUUGGGCAGGCAUUCUCGACUGCGGCGCUUGGUGCUGCUUUGUCGAAGGAUGAGUGGGCUACUACUUUUUAUAAGGAUAAGGAUGAUAAGGAUGCUACUGUUCUUAAGGAGGUGCUUAAUGCUGUUGUUACUGUUAUCGGUAUUGGGGCUUCUUUUGCGGGUCUUGGUGGUGGGCAGGUCGUUGGCGCGUUUGCUGGUGCUGGUGCUGCGCUUGCUGGUGGUGCUAAUGCUGCGGCUGGCAUUGUCCUUGGUACUCACAAAGACGACACAUUCCAAAAAUCCGCCGACCUAGGCGCCAUCCUCGGCUCCAUCGUCGUCGACUCCCUCAAAUCCUUCACAACAGCCAACAACCAGCUAAUGGGCGGAAAAUCCUACAACAACGCCGACAUCCGCAGCUACAUCUCGCACGGGGCCUUCCUCGACUUUCCCGGUGUCGACAAAAACACCGUCACAGACUCAAUGACCAGCAUGCUGAUCGGCACAGCCAUAAACAGCCUCUACCGGCGCCAAAAGAUCUUCAUCAUGGGCGGCGGCGCCUGCAACGACAACCAAGGAAUCGGCUCCGGCCCCCAGCAAGCAGUCGUCUGCCGUGACGGCAAAGCCUGGUACCUAUACUACUGGCAAGAGAACGACGUGAUCUCGACUACAUCGCAUCAAUGGGGGUGGGUUGCUAGUCCGCCCGGCGCGGACAAGCUCGGAUCGAAUGAAUACGCCAGUGUGACGGUGCAGGAUAUUAUUAAUUCCUCGCUGGACGCGUAUAAUGUUGCUGGGUAUAACUAUAAUGCUGAUACGGCGAGGGCGAGGGCUGAGGAUGCGAUUUCGAAUGCCUGGGCGAGUCCGGGGGCGAAGGGGGCUGCUUGGGAGGGCAUUUUUACGGUGCCGGUUUGUGAUGUUGGGAACGCUGUGGGUGCGGAUUAUGAGGAUAAACAGUAUAUCUUGCAGCCGUAUGGGCAUGACAGUCGGCCUGUUUGGUGUGGGGCGAUUUGUGGAGGGGAUUUGCAGAAGACGAAGGACUUUAUUCAUGCCGCUAAUAUGGAUGGGUUCAAGAGUCCGAAGCAUUUGUGCAAGUCGGCUCCUGGGUAUUAA